AAUACUUAAACUAGGUUUCACCCUCAGGAACUUGAACUUUGGAGGGAAGGGAAAAGAAAGAUCACUGGAGGCUAAAGAUAGCAGUGGGAAAAAGAAAGACGGAGCCAAUUUAAGGUUUGAAUUUGCAAUAGUUCUUAGUAAUCUCCAACAGUUUGCUCUCGAGAAUCCCAAACCCACACAGAAAGGGUCGUCCUCUGACAAAAUGCCAACCAUAACUCUCUGCUCUCUGGUCUGGCUCCUCAUCUUCACUCUUACCUUCACCAGUCACCCUGCAUCAUUAGAGAAGCCCCCAAAGCGCAAGACACCUGCCCAACUCAAGGCUGCUAUGUGCUGCGAGGAAUCCAGGGGACUGAAGGCCCAGAUUGCCAAUCUGACUAGCUUGCUAGGGGUCCUGAGCAAAAAGCAGGAGAGCGACUGGGUCAAUGUGGUCAUGCAGGUAAUGGAGCUGGAAAGCCACACCAAGCAGAUGGCCACACGCCUCACGGAAGCUGAGAGCAAGUUCUCCCAACUGAAUAACCAGAUUGACAUGAUGCAGCUCCAGGCAGCCCAGACAGUCACCCAGACUUCAGCAGAUGCUGUCUAUGAUUGUUCCUCACUGUACCAGAAGAAUUACCGCAUCUCUGGAGUGUAUAAGCUCCCUGCUGAUGAGUUCCUGGGAAGCCCUGAGCUGGAGGUAUUCUGUGACAUGACGACUGCAGGUGGUGGCUGGACUGUUAUCCAGAGACGGAAAAGUGGUCUCGUCUCUUUUCACCGUGACUGGAAGCAAUAUAAAGUGGGUUUUGGCAACAUUCGUGGGGAUUUCUGGCUGGGAAAUGAAAACAUCUACCGGCUAUCCAGGCGCCCAACUACUCUCCGAGUUGAAAUGGAGGACUGGGAGGGUGACGUACGCUUCGCUGAGUACAGUCACUUUACCUUGAGCAAUGAGCUAAACAGUUACCGUCUCUUUGUGGGGAACUACAGUGGCAAUGCAGGACGGGAUGCUCUCCUUUAUCACAAUAACACAGCCUUCAGCACCAAGGACAAGGACAAUGACAAGUGCUUAGACAACUGUGUCCAACUCAGAAAAGGUGGAUACUGGUAUAAUUGCUGCACAGAUUCCAACCUUAAUGGGAUUUAUUAUCGCCACGGUGAGCACAAUCAGCACCCAGAUGGCAUCACCUGGUAUGGCUGGCAUGGCUCUAGCUACUCCCUCAGGAAGGUGGAGAUGAAGAUCCGCCCUGAAGACUUUGUACCCUAAAAAGUAGCUUGUACUAUAAGAGGGAUGCAGAAGUUCUAGGAGACAAAUAAGGUUGGGGUGGGGCACCAAUAAGGUAGUAGGAUAGGGGUAGGGAUGGGAAAUCACCUUGUAAUCAAGCACCAAUGAAAUCACUCAUUUCAUCUAGAAAAGCACAAGCCUUGUCAGGCUCAGCCAAAGACCAACAUAACAUUAACAAGAUCCGUACCAGCAUCAGGGAGGGACAUCAGAUAGGGAGAGACGUUUAAAACUCUU